CGCAGAACUUUACUUUACUGAUGGAUUCGUUAUGCGACAGAUUUCCUCUUCACAGAGCGGUUUUUGAGGGGAAUCUUCGGAAGGUUUCGAGUUGCUUACGCACCUAUGAUGUAGGAGAAAGAGAUGUACAUGGUAAUACUUCUGUUCAUUUUCAUUUCAUUUAAACAGCGCCCAACAGUUUGUUUUCACAACCGCCCAUUGCCGGCCGGCGGUUACAAAUUGUCGCGAAUCGAAAUAUGUAAGAUUAAUUUUCCCAAUUUUACAGCAUAACUACUUAUGUAGUGUCUGAUAGAGGAGAAUACCCUUUCCUUGAGCGUAUGAGUAAUUUUUACCCUUUCUUAAGCAGCCAUGUCAUGGAAAGAAAAAAAAAAUCUUGCGUAGAAUUUAUAUGGUCACCGGAGUACCAGAUGACAAUUUUGAGAACAUGUUUACAUGUAGCAUCAAAUUUAAAAGUUACCCCGCGUCUUUUUAACUUUUUUCGUAUUUGUAGCGAUGCGAGGAUUUUUCAAGACCUAAUUUCCCUUUCAAUGGUUUAUUUGUUUCGAUGUGGUCAAAUCUUACGCGAAUGUGAAAAAAAAAAAAGAUACUUUUGUUUGCCAAUAUCUGCCAGACGUACAAAGGUUAUUGUUAUCUCUGACUCUCUUGUGAUCCUAUCAAUUCUUUGCCUUAUGAAGUCGAAAAUUGUAAUCAAUAAUGAAUUGCGGUUUUUUAGCAUUCCUGGCCUUUUUGUAGAAAUUAUACAUAUCUCAUAUUUGGAAGACUUCUGAACACAAACGUUAUCUUUUUUUAAAAUGUUUGACCCACAAAAAAUUAAUUAACACACGCACAGGGUUUUAAUUUGUGUCAAAUAUAUUGCUAGUUUGUUGAAAUCCACGUUAUUGAUAUCGUUGUUAAAUAUUGUCUCCUGAAAAGAUAUAAAAAGGAGUUAAGUCUCUUUGCAUUGGUGGUAGAGUGUAUCGAGGUAAUAAAGUAUUGUCAACUGAGUUGACAAUGUAAAUUGGCCACCAUUUAGAGUUUCAAAGCUGAUGUUUCGAGCAUUAUUUCUUUAUCAGAGCAAGCCCAUGCUCAAGGGCUAACACUUGACAUGUCAGCUUUGAAACUCUCAACAGUGGCCAAUUUAGGUUAUCAACUGAGUUAAUAAAGCAAAUUACCCUGAUUCUAAUAUAGACUUAUUUGUUAUCUUCUUUGUUUAAGAAAUGAGAUUAUUUAAAGAGAACACAGGGAAGCAAAUUAAACUAGUUUAAACUCAUUUUGACCUGAUCUCUCGUUCAUAGAGAGUACAAGCAUUUUCACAUCAUUGCUCAAUCCUCAACAGCCUAUCAUAAGUAUGCAUAUUCUCCAUGCUGUUCUCUAUGUUUCCUACAGUGCUGAUAAGGAGAAUUUGUUUAGAAAUCAAGAGCUUCUUUACUUGGUGAAGGGUGAUUUGUAAGAAGAAAUUAGUUGACACUCUGUUCUGUAUUAUUAAGGUAGAUUGAUUUUUUUUUCAUUGUUUAGGAAAUACACCCCUUCAUUUGGCAGUUCUCUUGGGUCACAGAGGUAAGAGAUACUCUUUUGUAGAUUUAUCUGGUACAUGGAUCAAAUAGACAUGGGAAUUUUUUUGGACCAAUUCUGUUCAGAACUCUUGGUCAGUAGUGUUAGAGGGUAGUUGCUAUUGAAGAAGGGAGAGAGGGGGGUUCCAGUCUAUUUAGCAGGAUGGUGAUUACUAUGGUGACAAAACCACAGCCCACCACAAGAAACUUGUUAACACACUACAUCUACACUGUGGUCUCAUUUAAUGGGCAUUAUGUUAAUUAAGUUGGCACAAAGAUAAAUUGGUUAACAUGCUGGCAAAAUUAAAAGGCUUAAUGUGAUUUUGCAAAGCAGCAUGUUACCAACUGAUUUCUAUUCACAAAGUUUUGGUAACACUAUAUCUGUGUUUUGAAUAGCAGGUUGACAAACUUGUUAAAAUUAAUAUUAUAAUAUUUUACCUAUGAAACAUGACCUUGAUUCAGCAGAGGUGCUUUAUUGCCUUGUCCUGUAGCAUGUAAUUUUUUAUUUUAGAGUGUGUGUAUUUACUGCUGGCCCACAAAGCCCCAGUGAAAGUGAAAAAUAACUUUGGAUGGACUCCUCUGGCUGAAGCCAUCAGUUAUGGGGAUCGGCAAAUAAGUAAGUUUCUCUUGACGAUACAAAUUGUUGUUUUGUUUGCCACCUUUGUGCAGGGCAGAAAGCUUUUGCAUAUCAGCUUGUCUGAGACUAGUAGAUUUUCAGUUUUUGUAAGGUUUUCUCAGAACUGGAUUACAGCUUUAUAUUUGGUACUUAAACCAUCUUGUAUUUGUGAAUUUAUAGUCACAUCAUUACUGAAGAAACUCAAAGAACAAUCAAGAGAAGCUCUAGAGGAAAGAAGACCUCAAUUGACAACUGCAUUACAAGAGGUAAUUUAUAAUGGUAAUAGAAGCAAGUGGAGUCCAAUUUGGUCUGUAAUCAUACAACUUAUUACUUAGUCUUGUUACCAAUUAAUCAUCACUAACAAUUUCGCAAAAAAAUAUAUACAUUCAGGACAAACAUCUAUAGUAGAGACAAUGUGUAAGGUAAAAAAAUCCCUCCAUUUUGGAAAUUCCCCAAAUUUUUUAAAGAUAAGUGGUUGUCGUUAUGGUUAUUGUGAUCAAUUCUGUGAUUGAGGAAUUCAGUUGAAUGGACUUAGUAUGAUUGGCUGCUAGAACUGACCAAUUACAGGUAUCCGAUUACAGCCAACUGUCUGAUUACAGCCAACUGUCUGAUUACAACUAUAUGGAAUUAGUAGUGAAAAAUAAAGCACCUAAUGCACUGAUCGUUUGUGAGGAAAUGGUAUUGGUUAUGAUUAGAUUAAUAUUAUGGUCACUGGUGUACAUUAACUUCCACUUGCUUUGCUGAUAAUUUGCCAAGUGCAAGAGAGACCUAAGCAAAUUACCAACCAAGGAGUGUUCCUCUUACAAGUGCUCAUAGUGUGAGACUCAAAAAAUUGUGAAGACUUCAAUUGGAUUUGAAUCCCUAAAAUGAAUACUUGUACUUGUAAUUACAUUGUACCAAUGAAAAUAAAAUUCAGUACAUGCAAGAAAUCCUCAAAACCAGAAACUAUUUACUGUGUGCUUUCAGUUGUUAUUCACAGUUUAGUUACUAAUGCCUGACAUACAUGUAGUUCUUUCCUGAAAAGUUUGGGAACUGCUUGCUCCCACUUUCUUAUUUACAAACUUUUUUGUGUUCUCCAAACAUCUUGUGUUGGUUAAUUUGCUGGUAAAUAGAUAGAAAGUGGGGUCUGUUGCUUAAAUGUAUGGUAAUUUUAGAAUUUGCUCCUUUUUUUCCAGCUUGGAGACUUCUAUGUAGAGAUUAAUUGGGAUUUUCAAAGCUGGGGUAUGUACAGUCAGUCAGAAUAAUUCAGAAACUGAACAGAUUUCAUCAAUUUGUACAAAAACGUUUUUGCUCUGUUUGCAUUUUUUUCUGUUCAUUUAUGUUAUACUUUUGGUACCAUAUAGAUUUGUCUGUUUAAAAUUUAUUUUGCAGUACCACUAUUGUCCAGAAUAUUGCCAUCAGACACAUGUAAAGUGUACAAGAAAGGAUGCUCCAUAAGGUAUUAGACUGUAUCUUUUUUUAUCCUUUAUGUGGGGUGACUAAACCACUUAUCUGCACACUUGACUUUUGUCAAUUGUAAUUUACACUUGAUUAUAUAGUCCAGUGGAAGAAGUGUUGGCCUAUGGUUUGUGUGCUGGACUCCAUUUCUUGAAGGUGGGAUAAGGCUAUCCAACAGGACCUGGUUAUUCAAAGCAUGAAUGAUGCUAUCCUAGGGAUAAUCACUGUCUGGCACACUAAUGUGUACAGAAUGUACCAUGCCAUCCACCGGAUAGAGAUUUACCCAGUGAAUACUGUUAUCCAGCCUUCCAACAACCCAAGCCAGAUAAAUUGCUAUCCAGGGGAUAAGUGUCAACCAAACAUACUGCACUAUCCACUGGAUAGAGAUUUAUCCAGAGGAUACUUAAGAGUUUACUUCUUUGUUACUUGCUUAAUCUUUUCCUGUCCGUUGUCAUGAACUUUUUUUUUCCUUUCAACAGAAUGGAUAGUACACUAGUGGAUUUUAGUGACAUGAAGUGGCAGAGGGGUGACUUGACAUUUAUUUUCAAUGGAGAUGCAAGAGGUAAAUGUUGAGUGGCGUCACUUAAAUCAAUCUAACUUGACGACAUGCAAAUAUCACGAUAGGUGUUUUUAAUUUUUAUUGGCUGAAUUUUACACAUUUUAAUUAUCUUGCUAAAUUUUACUAUCUAGUGAUACAUGUUUUAAAACUGCCAGCAAAAUGUAGAAAACUUAUUAACCAACAUGUUUUUUUUUUAAGUUUGAACCCUAAAGCAAUUAACAUAAGACAAAUUUGUUGCAUUGCUUUAUUGUUGUAUCUAUGAUAAGAUGGGUUUCGUCUAAUUAAUCUAAAACAAGAUGAACUUUUGUCAAUCCACUAAACUUAUUUAUCAUAUGCACUCAUUUACUUAAAGUUUUAAAAAUGCUUCAAUUAAAAAAGAUUAUUGGAAAAAAUUCAAAUCCAUAAUUUUUUGCAGGAAAACAAUCCUUUGCUGUGUUAGACAAUGAGAAGAAGGUUUUUCAAAGACUCAGGACAGAGGUGAGUUAUUUUUUCUCAUGAUUUAAUUAGCAAACAUCCCAUAUAUGUAGAAAAGGUGGGAAUAUUUUAGCUUUUUCCAGAAUGACUAAAUAAGUGCUUUGACAAGUAGCAAUUCUAUAUUGAAACAACAUCUGCCAUCUUCUUUCAGGACACUGAAGCAGAGAUAGAAGAAGAAGUUGAUCUACUAAUGAGCAGGUACACACUGUUAAACUUUUGACCUCUAGUAGUGAUCAGUUAAUAAAUUCUUCCUUUUUAACAUGUAUUGUUUUGAAAACAGGUGAUUAGAGUUAAAAAAAAAAAAAUUAUCAAACAGGACACAUUAUCUUUUUGCAACAACGAGACUGAAUUGUCCAAAACCUUAUGACUGCUUAUUGCUCUUGGCAUUAAUUUAACCCUUUAACUCCCAGAUCCAAUUUGUAAUUCUCCUUAUUGUCAACCAGACAAUUCUUAUAAUGUUAGUUCAGAGAAUUUAGUAUUUGAUCAAUCAAUUAUCCCCAUAUUGAUAUUUUUCUUUAUUCUCAUCACUUAUCUGGUUGAUAUUGUAAGGAGAAAUUCUGUCUUGGUCAUUCAUGGGAGUUAAAGGUUUAAUUUUAAGGUAAGAGGUUUUUUUUUGAGCCUCAGAAAGGUCCCUGGGAUAUGUCUUACAAAUCUUCCCUCUGUAAAGAUGCACACAGGUUUUAUAUGGGUCCUGGAAGACCUGGAAAGUCUUGGAACUUUCUUUUUACAUUUUCUUAGACUGGAAAGUCUUGGAAAAAGAAUAGAGUUGUUGGAAAGCCCUGGAAAAAGAAUAGAGUUGUAGGAAAGUCUUGGAAAUUUGUUUAACUCAAACAAUAACGUUUUCAGAAUUUACUUAUAAGAAAUGUUUGUAGAUAGUAAAGAGAAUUGAUUUUUAAAUCUUGGGAAUUAAAGGGUUUGAGGUGAAAAUUGAAGCCCUGGAAAAAUCAAUCUGAGUCCUGGAAAAGUCCUGGAGGGUAUGAACCUUGUGCAAAUAUUUGCUUUCCUGUGAAACAGUUGUCUUAUUUACUUUGCAGUGACAUUGUUUCAGCCACUAUGUCAACUAAACCCAUCACCUUUAGUCGCUCACAAGCAGGUUGGAUUUGGCGUGCAGACAGAUCAGUAAGUAACAUCUCUUUGUUUGCUGUUAUUUGCUACGUGUAGUUUCCAUGUCAUUGGUUGGCUGUAACAAGUUUCCUCUUUACAUUUGUGUUUACUGUUUAGGAGAUGGUUGGUCCCUACAUGUCUGAAGUUUAUUCCAUAAAUGGAAUGUUGCUAAUUUCUAGAAAGCGGUAAGGAAAUGUUCAAAGUUUCUAAUGUGUGAUUUUAACCUAGUAAGAUUGAAAAUCAAAGAAAAAAUUGACUUUAGAAUUGUAGCAGCCACAGGUUACUACAGUAUGUCAUUGGCUAACUUUUAUACUGUAGCAGUCGUGAAGUAGUUUAGGUCUAGAGCCUGGCACCCAAGAUUUCUGACUCAAGAGCCCUAAGGCACCUCAUAAUUCUUCUGAGCACAUAACUCUGGGCUUUGAAAAUAACUUGUUCUCAGGGUAAUGAAAUAUAUAGUCAGUUAUAACAAUGGGAAAUAUGAAUCAUUUCAUUUCUGAAAAGUUUGAUGACUUCCUUUGCUGAAAGCAAUCAUAAUUACCAAUGGAUGUUCAAUUUGUACCAACUUGUGCUUUGUUUUCCUAGGAGGGAGCACUUGUCAGAGGAAGAUGUUGUGAAAAACAAGGUUAGUAACUCACAAUCUUUUACUACACUUUUGACUUUUUUAUAAAUGGAAAGUUAAGAAAGUGUGGUGACAUGUGUGUCUUCUAGUGCUUUUAAUGAGGACAUUGUCACAGGUUAUGAACUGAGUCUUUCAUUGAAUUAACAGGCUCUGAUUGACAAUCUAAGCAAGGGAGGAGGAAAUAUUAUGGACAGCCUUCCUGAGGUGAGAAAGCUUUCAAUCUAGUGUAGACAUGUGAAAUUCUGCGCUCUUAUUCCUUUACACCUUAACAUCAGUGUGCAUAUUCUCCAUACUGUUCGCUAUACAUUUCCUAAGGUGUGAACAAGGAAAAUUCGUCUAAUAAUCAAGAGCUGCUUUUGUUGGUGAUCAUUUCCUUUAUUCUUGUGACGUAAAUGCGUGAUUUAGGGUUGAUAUUGCAGAGAGAAAUUAGGUGCUAGUUACUCAAAGGAGUAAAAGGGUUAACCGAGUACUUAUUAUAGUCUUUGCGCUGAGAUGUUAAUGUAUCUGUUACCUGUUUUUCUCAGACUACAAGGAGAAGUUCCCUUAAUCCUCCACCUAAGACUGACAUGUCAUGGGAUGAGUACCUACUGUAUGACACAGACAGGUCAGUAGACAUUACAAGUCAGUUCUCUUUAAUACAAAUUCAAGAAGUAUUUCUGAUUGCUGAUAUCGUGCAAAAUGACCAAGAUCGGAGCAAUUUUCAGAUGGGGGUCAAACAGUAGUCCAGAAUUGCUUUGGUUUUGUCUUUCCCCAGUGGUGCUAAAAAUUUAGUGAUUGCCUUUGAAGUGAAGAAUGUCUUGUCUCUGGAGGAGAGUUUCUUAGCUGGAGAGCCGAAGAAAGUUUGAGUCGGGUUUGCUACCGGACCACGUGAUGUUAAAAAGGCUGAAACCCUAUUAUUGUUAAUGUUUCUCUCCAUUCACAGACUGCCUCCAAUUGGUCGGCCCAUGGUGCUCAAAGAAGACAAGAAAACUGUCAAAGCGCAUGUAGCAAUGGUGAGUGUCAGUAGAAGUUAGAACCAUGCAAGUUUAUAACCACCAGUUUUUCCAGUUUCGUUGAGGUGUGCUAACAUCAUCAACCAUGUUUUUAAUUUUUAUUUAAUUUUUUUUUUAGAGUGAAGAUUUUCCCCUCUCUGUUGAUCUGUAAGUUGGUUUGUUUUUCAUCACUAUUGUUAUAUCGGUAUUGUUCAUAGGCUCGAUUUCCGCCGCGCUCUCGUUCCCGGUGUUCACUCCUCCCCGAGAAGUGGGUUCAGGGGAAGGAGCGUGGGCUCUUAUUCCCGAACAGCGGCUGGUAAUCGAGCCAAUGGUGUUCAUUGCACCAUUAACCCUUAAAUUCCCAGAAGUGAUUAACAUAUAUCUUCUCCCUAUAAUAUCGAUACGUUAUCCAGCAAACAGGUAAUGAGAAUACUCAAACUUAUCAGUUAGAAGUUAUUAUUAUGGUAUGACACCAAAUUCUCCUAACUAAUUUACAAGGAAAUUUGUAACAGCUGGAAGGAAGAAUUAACAAUCGGAUCUUGGAAGUUACAGGGUUAAUAUAAAGUUAUUUUUUCACAGAAUGGAAACAGUUCCUGUUAAGGUUAUGGAACCUUGCAUCUUAGUGCAUUUUGUGAACAAGUUCUUAUUGUUUUGUUUUGUUUUGUUUUGUUUUCUUUCCUCUCUCUCUCUAUAGUAUCCUGAAAGUUUUAGAGGUUGUUGCUCCAUUUAAGCACUUCAACAAGUUAAAAGAGUUUGUCGCUAUGAAACUACCUGCUGGAUUUCCUGUCAGAAUAGGUUUGUUUUGUUUGUGUUCAUCAUUUGAGGUUCCUCCCAUCGUUUCAGCAGAAAAAAAGAUUUCGCGUUGUCUUUAGUUUUUGUCGUUGUUGUUUUUUGGUAUGUCACGCGGCGAGCUACCUUUAAGAAGGGCGUUACCUGACAUUCCAAAGAGCGGCUGUAAAGGAAACUACAUCAGGUUUUGUGCAAAUCUUGAUUUUUCCAUAUUCAUAAUUUGCAAGCUGUGUCAAUUUUUCCAUCUUUAGCCAUUCCUGUUUUUUUUGUCUAUUUAUUAUUAAAUUUGUUGGUUUUCUUUCAUAUUAAACUAAAACUGUGUAGUCUUUUCAACUGUAAGGUAGUUUUGCACAGCGCAGUGACGGCGUUUGAUCUCGCGAUGGCGCUAUUUUAGUUGAUAUUGAAUUUUUCUUUUUGGCAGAAAUACCAGUUUUUCCAACGAUAACAGCACGUGUGACGUUCCGAGACUUUAAAUCCUGUAGUGAAAUUCCCUCUUCAAUGUUUUUUAUACCUCGAGAUUACAAGGUCAGUCACGCUUCUGUCACACGAAGGGUAACCUUUGACCCGUCACGCUCUCAUGCGUGGAAAAACAACGUGACAAAGUAUACGAACGUUUGUCAUUUUUUCUUGCAAAGGGUUCCUGAAAUUUAGAAAAAUUUUUCACUUAUUGUCGAGAGGAAAGUGAGAUUGCCAUAACUCAACCUAACUUCCGGCAGUAUACUAUAUUUUACUUUGACUUCUAGCCUCUGGUGCUGUUUGACUGCUUUCAACGGUUGAGGUUUGGCUAGAGAACAUCUUCUGGUUUUGGUUUAAAUACACGCGCUCGAAAUGCGCUCUUUUUCUGUCUCAAAAAGUUACUUUUAAGGGCAACAAACCUCACCUAUUCUUUAAGUAAUUAACUCAGUUUAGAUUAACCUCGACUUUUACCUUCCCAUUGCAGGAGGAUCCGAAUCGCUUCCCAGAUUUGUAAACAGAAUGAUGUUGUUCAAGACUUCCCCCUCUCUCCACCCCGCCCCUAGCUAGUGAUGUUCUACUUGAAAAUUGUUAAAAUUUACCUCGCGCACCAAUGGUUGACCAGUGCGACUCUAUUUUCUCUAACUUGUGCACAAGCAAGUAAAGCGUUUCGGUAAUUCAAUCAUUGCUUUUGAAUAUUGAGAUCUUUCAACGAAUAUCUCGUAUGUUUGUUGUAGAAUGAAAUUUUUAUUCGUAAGAACAGUUAUCAGUGGCAAAGUAUUGAACAAUGUCACACCAGUUCACCAAAAAAUGAAAUGGCUACAUAUUUUUGUUCCAAAAUUUCCAAGGAUAUGCUUUUGUUGUCUAAAUUCGUUGCCCAUUGCAGGUGAACAAUGUAAAUCAUAUGCAAAACAAAUUCAACAGACCUCUUUCAGUUUGGCGGCAGAAAGUUAAGACUGCAAAGUGAGUGUAAUGAUUUCGUGUAAUUUACACGCAUUUCACACUCACGUGCGUGUAUGGUUACUGCACGCAGGUACGUGUAGUGACGCACUGUUUGCGUCAAGAGCCUUUAAUGCGGCAGGACACGCGAGCGCUGCAUGUACCAGCACGUUAAGAAAUCCUUGAGACACGUUAUUUCAGCAGAGAAAUUAUGAUUUUUUAUUUUGCAAAAGAAAAAUUACAGACUUAAAUGUACCUUGGGCUCCAUUUGAACCCUUUGUCUGAGACAAGGGAUAAUUUGAAUUUUAUUACUGACGUGAAAUUUUCAGGACUCACUUGUAAGUACAACACUUGAGUCGCAAGUAGUUCCUAACAAAAAACAAACAAACAAACAAACAAACAAAAAACCACCGCAAACUGAGACCCGUAAAUUUUUUUCAUAGUCACUUUUCAAUUCUUUUUCCUUGAAUUAGGAAUUAUUGAAGCUAAUAAAUACUGCGCAUACUUGCUAUUUAGCUUACAUCUACACGUUUAACUAGGAGGUUAAAACGUUUGAUAGUGCUGCCUGAAAUGGAACUCGCAAAAAUUAGCUUUCGGCCGAAAUUUCAGUCAUAGACAAAAAAUUAAUCCUCGCUAAAAGGAAUCCGUUCAACUGCCUUAAAGUUUCGCGCCGCAAAGGGUUUUCGAACAUAGGUGUAGGGUAUAAGUGAUAUUGUGGACAUAGUGUACUUUUGUGCUGAUAUCUUUUUGCUGUCAGUUCUCGUCCAGUCUUCAAAUUAUAUUGGCGAGAGCGCGGACAAAUAACUUUAACUUGGUGGGAAUGGUGAAAGCGUCUUUUUUUUGCCCUUCCUCUGUACCGAGAGCAGUUUUGCCCUCUACCUAGACCUUUCUCACUAUUUAAACGGUAGCACUUGAAAGGAUGAGGAUUAAGAUUUGUAAACAAUAGUGAGGGUACUUCGGCAACAUAUUUAUGUAGUGUGUUAUAGAAAGCUUAUAUAUGUGUACAUCUUAUUUGAUCCGUUGAAUUUAUUGCUAUUUAUGAUGAACGUCGGUGGUGACACCGUUUCAUUUUCUAAGUUACGGGUAAUAAAUGUAAAAUUGUAGCAAAAAAAAGGUUAGACAUAAGUAAAGGCAAAGAUAAUUUAUUUUUGUAAAAGACUUCUUAAGUAAUACGGCUGUGGUAAUACGGUAUACGCUAAGCAGAGUAAAGCAUGUAGAUUCUUAGCCAAGGUUUUACAUCUGUGAAUGAAGCAGUUUAGAUAUUGUUAUGAAAUAAUGUAUUUUUUCUUUCAGUUGUCGUUCAUGUUUUUCCUUUCACUAAGAGAAUAUAAACAGGUUAUAAUCUCUUGUUUCUACUUGUAACGUCGGUAGGCUGACAAAAAUGGGGGCUAGGUAUUAUUUUGGACAUCGGAGCUGUAAGUCAAUACUGGGAUAGAACAACACAACAACAACAAAAAAACAAACAAUGCACGAGAGACAUUGGUAUUUUUAACCCAACGAAGAGUGAUGAUUGAGUUUAUUUUCUUAGUUCCGUAACAUUACACCCACAUCAACUGCUAGCAAACCAGUUGGCCCAUUUGUGAGAACAAAAGAAAAACUACCUCUUUCAAAACAAAGCUAAUCUAAAAUAUUUAUUUUGGUAAUGAGUUGAAAGGCAAGAAAAUGAUAAACACUUUUUGUAUCGAAGGCUUCGUACUCACCCUCGUUUUGGGUGAGAGGCUAGGGGCAGAAAAUCAGACGUUCUAUUGUAGUGGGUAUAUACACUGAAAUUCGGCCAAUGAGCUGCCUUUGCCUUUGGACGCCGCGCCCAGUCUCCUACAUGGUCGCUCUUACACGCUCUUUUCAAACAAUCAUACUGCUUAGUGUGAAGUGAGGAUUAUACUUUGAAUCUAAAUAAACGUUUUAUUUCUAAUUUACUUCAGAACUUUCCUUACAAUCGAAAAGCCUCAAUGGAAUCUUAAGACAACUUCUACCUGAU